AUGCUUGCUUCAGAGACAAGGCCAAAGCUAACCCUUCCUCAACAAAAACUCUCCCACUCUACCCCAGCUCCACGCUAUUAUGAAGAACCCUGCUCACCUGUGUCUACGACGACCUCCUUUAUAUCCAACGUUUCUUGGAUAGCUGAGAAGUCAGCAGCUGAACUUGGUGUCUUGCUUAAAAGUGCUUAUAAAUCAUUACGCGAAAAAGAAAAAGAUCUUGUCCUGGUUGCAGAGAUUGGCAAAUCUUUACUCGAAUACAACCAGAACCUCAAAUCAGACUAUGAUAAAUUACUGCAAAAUGCAUCUAGCAUGAACCAAGAGCAGCAAGAGAUGCGAUUGAUAUCCAGUAAAAAAGCAUAUGAUAAAAUUAUUGAAUCACUUGAGCAUAAAAAUGAAGAAAUUCAAUACAUGCUUGAACAAACCAGACAGCGCUCCAAGAUCACUCAACAGAACCACGAAAAGAACCAACGCAAACUAGAAGCAGAAAUUGAAAUUCUCCACCACAGCCUUGAGAUCGCAUCUCAAAAGAUCCAGGAACUCGAAGAGGACCGUCUGCUCAAUCAGGAACGAGCCAGCAGACAGCAUCAACAAAAAAUUGAGCAACAACGAAAGGAAGACUUGAUUUUAUUGGAGGAAUUGACGACGAAAAUGGAAGAGUUACAUAGAGAAAACAAUUACCUUCAAAAAUCAAAAAAGGCUGUUGAAGAAAAACUUGCUAUAGCCCUCAAAGAUCUUGAGCAAUUACAGCAAGAGUUUGAACACUUUGAGUUGACCCAGAAUGGCUACAUGUCGUUGCAAGAAGCCUUUCAGAGACAGACGGAUCAUGUCAAAGAGCUCAAUGAUCGUCUUGAAGAGCAUAGAAAUAUUCUUGCUCGUUAUCGAGAUAAAGAACAAUGGUUGACAGAGGCACCAAUUAGUUAUGCAACAUCCACAAGUAACUUGAUGCAUGAGUUAGAUACAGCCAAGUGCCUAUCCAAAAGUAGUUCAGAGAAUGACUUACCAUCAUAUGCCUCUAAAAUUUGUGAUCUUGCCACUCUUACCGAACGCCAUCUUACAUCAUUUUAUAAUGCACCAGCUGAUUAUGCUUUCGAUACUAUUCUAUCAACCAUAGGCAUCGAUGACCGUGCAUCCCUGCAUGAAGCCGAAAAGCUGCUAUGUUCUAUUAAUGCGGAUGACACAUCUCUCUUUGGUCCUGAAGGCUCAGGAACCGUCUAUGCAGAACUCGACAUCUACCCAACCCUCAAAGUACCUCAGCAAAUACAAAAAGAAGAGAAAGAACAACCUAAAGGGUUAAUUCACCGUAUCCUCUUUCACAUCCGUUACCUCUUUCGUUCUGUCUUCCGAUGGUGUCGAUUUGCGCUUAUUUUAGCCACCGCGGUCUUUAUUAAUUUAUGGAAAGGUCCUGACCUCAUCUUGGACAAAUAG